AUGGCCGAGGACUCCAGUACCAGCCGAGGUGCCUGCGCCAACCCCAACGCCCACCCGGGCAACCCGAAAUACGGCCUGCGCCCGCGGUCUAUCAUCAAUCGAAUCGAGACCGAACGCCGACGGACUGAGCCUGUCAAGAAGCCCAAAGAGUCCAAGUCCAAGCACAAACCAGCGCCGUUGAGCAAGUACCGCCGCAAAAAUGCCAACGCUCGCGAGCGCCAUCGCAUGCACGAGAUCAACGUGGCGUUCGAAUCCCUGCGCAAAGUCAUCCCUGCAUUCACUGUCGACCAAGGAAAACCCAACAAUGAAAGCCAGUUGACCAAGAUCACGACGCUGCGGCUCGCGAUGAAUUACAUCAGCUCUUUGAGUAGGAUGCUCGAAGAUGGCGGUGACACGUCACCGAGUCCCGGUGACGCGUCAAUGGACAGCUCAGCCUCCAGUGUGACGGACUCCGGUUCUCUGCAGUCCCCGUCCCCGGAGCCGGUCAUGUGGAGUCCGGGUCUGAUGGCAAUGCAGGCGUCAUCGACAGUGACGUCGACGAUGGUGUCGACGCGUGAGAGUUUCCUAACCCCGUCGCCGACGCCUUCGCCGAGCGACGACCGCCUUAGCCGGUCAUGUGGAGUCCGGGUCUGA